CUAAGUGAGUAAUGCAGCCAGUUAAAGUUUUCAAUGCAGCUUCAAUUUGGAGAGUGCAGAAAAUGGGGAAAGCAAAGAUCAGGAGCUGUUACUUCACCAAGUGAACUACUUCUGAAGGGGUCACCAAUGCAAGGAUUCUGGUUUGCAAAUUCCUUUUUGCGGAACCUUCCUGAAUCACCCUUUUGUUCCUGUAAACGUCAUGUGGACUUUUCCGGCUCUCCCCGAGACAGGAGUUCUGCAAUAGAGCAAGAAUAACAACCUUUGCAAGCAUGGGUGAUUUAGCUUUAUUUGACAUGCUAGAGUGUCCGCUGUGCCUAGAGAAGCUGGAUGUCUCUGCCAAGGUGCUCCCUUGCCAGCACACCUUCUGCAAGCCCUGCCUCCAGAGAAUCUUGAAGUCACACAAGGAGUUGAGGUGCCCUGAAUGUCGAACCCUGGUUCUAUGCAGCAUUGAGGAGCUUCCUGCCAACUUGGUUUUGAUCCGCCUAUUGGAUGGGAUCAGAUUUGGACCCGAUCUGAUGAAGUUUGGCUCACUCCAAAGAUCUGGGGUCCUCUCCUCUCCUGCCUCCACCAGGAGGGUCCGGGGAGAGCCAAGAGCUCUACAACUCCAUCAUUAUGGGCUGACAUUCAAUCCCAGGAUCCCUAUGGAAGGGGUUCCCCGAGCCAAAGCCUUGUACAGCUACCGAGGACAGAAGCCUGGAGAACUGAAGUUCAACAAAGGAGACAUCAUCAUAUUACAUCGUCAGCUGGAUGAAGACUGGUACCUGGGAGAGAUCAACAGGGUCAGCGGAGUUUUCCCAAUCAACUCUGUGCAAGUGAUCAAACAGUUGCCACAGCCCCUGCCCCUGUGCAGAGCACUUUAUAACUUUAAUCUGAAGUCCAGAAAGGCAAAUGAAAAAUCAGAUUGCCUGCCAUUUCAAAAGGGUGACAUAAUCACUGUAAUCAGCAGAGUGGAUGAGAACUGGGCAGAAGGCAGGAUAGGUGACAGAAUUGGAAUUUUCCCCAUCUUGUUUGUAGAGCCAAACACAGCAGCACAGCAGCUCCUUCAGACAAGCAAAAAUUAUCGGUCCUCCCAGCUGAAAUGUGCCUCGCCUUUACAAAAAUCCUUGCCCAGAGCCAAGGGCAUAGAGUCUGAAUCCAGAAGAAAGAGCAUGAAGCAAUUUUCUCUUACAACAGCCUUAAACACACUCAACAGGAUAGUCCAUUCUCCCACGGGACGGCAGAGUCUGGACAUCAGCACCCCUGUGCUCAUCAGCUCUAGCAACCCUUCUGUCACUACCGAGACCUACGAGAAAACAGAAUUCCCAUAUAGCAUUCCUGAUCAGAUCAGUGCUUCCUGUUACUCCACUCCUGAAGCCAUGGGGCACACUACAGCCAUUGUCACCCUUCCUCAUUUACAGAAGCAUCUUUCAGUGAAUAUGUGCAUUGCUCUGCACUCCUACGCAGCUCAUCGUCCAGAUGAACUAGAGUUGCAAAAAGGAGACGGCAUUCGUAUUUUGGGAAAGCACCGUGAAGGCUGGCUGAAAGGAAUGUCCUUGGUCACAGGAAAAGUUGGGAUCUUCCCAAGUAACUACGUAGCUCCACUUUUCAGGAAGUCCUCCAGCUUGCCUGAUUCAAGAAUGCCUUCACUGUGUGCAACCUGGACGUUAUCCACUUCCUCCGUUUCCUCCCAGGGAAGCGUCUUAGAGAACGGCCCGAGGCAAAGCAGACCUUUGAAAUCUGCCUUCGUGCCCACAGCUUUGGCCUCACCUGUUAGAAACCUCUCUGUGCCAAGCGCCUCGGGGCAAACAGCAUCACAGAGGAGAGGACGUGGUGGCAGCAAUCGGAAGAAUGGAACUUUACCAAAACCUUUGCAACCUGGAACUCUUAUUCCAUUUGUCAACUCUCUUCGGCGAACCCCUGCCACCCAAACACGAACCCAACAGUCUCCUGUAUAUCAACCUAUCUCCACUCUGCCUCGAGGAGGUGGAGUGACUGACAUGGGAAUCAGGCUGAAUUCAUCCUAUGAAUCUUCAUUAGCGUUCAUGCCCCGAAGUGGGAGCAGCAGGGCUCCUUCUGUGUGCAGCUCAAUCGUACUGGAUGCCAAAGAAUUCCCAACUAAAAAUGAGUUGUCUCUAAAGCCUCCUGCCUCUGCUCCACCCUCCAUUCUGGUGAAACCAGAUACCUCCAAAAACAGCACCGAGAAGCAAGUGAAAACAGUGAGAUUCCAGAACUACAGCCCACCCCCCUCCAAGAGACAUGACUCUCUAUCUUCACUCAUUAGUCAACCUGAGCAAGGAGGGGUUACAGAAGCAAUGCAGCCCGAAAUGUCAGCCUUCUCCUCCCACCUCAUUAUCUCAAGUCCAGUUCAUCAAAAAAGGAUGCCACAUUCCAAAACAUCAUCACUGGACCUCCCUGGCCAGGUGGGUCACAUGACCUUUCCCACCAAAAAGAAGUAUAAUAGCUGAGUUCUUGUUAAAUUGCAUCACUUUGGACAUUCGGUGUCAUUGUUUCUUUUUAAGGAAACAACAACAGGACAACAUAGAUCUCAGGUACAUGCUGCCAAUUUUAUUUUAUUUUAUUUUUUAAGUUUAAAUCUCACAGAGAAGCUAGGCCUCUUUGAGGACUCUGCACUACACUGAUUAUUACUGGACACCACAUAUCCCAUGUUUUCUGGAAAGGUCUUAUUUUGUGUGGCUUAGGUCUACAACUUGAACUGCAAAUGUGGGCCGUGGACAAGUAUUGCUCUCAAUUGCAAAGACUACCCACAGUGGCAGUGUAACGUUAAUCCCCUUGCAGAGGAAGAGAAGAUAAGAGAUUGUUAGUAUGGAGAGCUAUUCAGAUGCCAGAUUGCUAUAAGCAAGUUUCAUUGCUAUACAAAACAGCUAGAACUGGGAAACACAUGUCAGAAAAAGGCAGGAUUCUUUGGUCUUCCUUGUAAUGCUUAGUUUUAUAUUGGACGAAAGAGCCCAUUUUCUUUCCCACUUCCCUGGUUGAGUUAUCAAAUGGCCCUUAACUUCUCCAUUUGCAUUUUAAAGACUUUGGAAUUAAUGUAUAAUUGAGAUGGGAAUCCAUAUUUUGGUAAUACUAAAUGUUUCCCAGCUUUAAAAUGAUCCAUCCAUCGAAACUAUGAAAUGUAACUGCGUUCUCUCCCCAGCUAUUUAUUUUUUAUCCUCUUUCUUGUCCACUGGCUGAGUGAAAUAAUUAGAGACGGUGGACCAAGCAUUUCUAGCAACCCUGCAAUUUCAUCACUGGAGUCCAGCUCAGCAGUAGCAGCAGAAGGCACAAGCUGGCACAGUAAGACAGGAUUCUGUACUUGGGCAAGUGUCACCCUUACGUAAGUGGAGAUUCUCAUUACAGUACAACUGGCCAGGUUAUGUAAGCUCCUUACAACGAUGGUUGUUGCAUGAGCAAUCUGCUCCGAACUAGAUUCUGGUAUAUUUCAGUAAACAAUGACUGUACUUGAGGACAGGACAAACUCCUCAUCACUCCUGCCAACCCAGCCCACUAAAAAACCCACACACACAUUGGUGACAUACUUGAACAAGUUCACAGUCUAGGGCGGCCAUUCUCAAUGGGGGCCAUAUGGCCUCCUAGGGGGCCUGGCACAUUUGAAAGGGGCCAAAGACUGGAAAUAAUGCUUCACACACCAGCUUAUAAGGUUCACUAUGCGACUUACAGAAUUCUGAUUUGUCUUAUAUUUCUUUCAUAUUGUGUUUAUGGCUGUGGCCAAAAGAAAGUUGAGAAUGGCUGGCUAGAGGCACAAUCCUAUAAACUCAGCAGCAAGUUUCAUUGACUUCCUUGAGAUGUUUUUUUGUGGAAACAUGUACAAGAUAGAGUUCUGCUAGAAUCAUAGAAUCAUAGAACAGUGAAGUUGGAAGUGGCCUAUGAGGCCAUCAAGUCCAACCCCCUGCUCGAUGCAGGAACACACUUCAAAGAUUAUGUGCUCACCCCCUCUCGAGAUAAUUGGUUCCAUUUGCUAUACUACUCUAACAAUUAGGAUGUUUUGCCUGAUAUACAUGGUGCCAGGUAACGACCGGUCAGUCUCACCUGAAGAAGGUCCUCCUUUUCUUCCACCUUGUCUGCUUCUCUUCAGCAGGCCUCAUCGUUUGCUUACACAACUGGCCCUCUCAUUCUCUCUGGUUACUUCACCUCAGCAAUAAGCAAAAUCAGAACCCUAUAUCAUAUCAGCCCAGCUGUGACUGAAUAAUUCUCUAGGAUAGAACUGUGUUUAGUUUUGUUCCCAUAGCUGGUUCAAAACCCAUGCAUUCCAGCCAAAGUGUGGGGGGGGGGAGCAUGAGAUUUUGCCAUGACUCCUGCCGUGUCAUUUCAGUGUGUACAUUUGGAGCCAGCGUUCUUGGAUGAUAGCACAAAGUGGAACUGACACUGUGGAUGUUUGCUACUAGCAUACAGCAUUUGGACAGCAGCUGAGGAAAGCAUUUUCUUUUGGAACCAAGUGCAAACAGUGUAUAAAACAGUCUACUGGCUUGCACCAACCACAGUUUCAUUGUAAUUUCUAGCAAAAUGUGAUUUUUGUCCACCUGAGUCACCUGCCUUUGGGGUCCACAUCAAUCCCUAUACGAUAGUCAAAGCCAACUCUUCCCUGGCCUUUGCAGAAUUGUGCUCUCUCACCAUUGUGUUCUGAAGUCAGGCAUACAGAAAUCUCUCCUGUGCAUAUGGAGCAGGCGGGCAUAGGCAAAGUAUGGAAUUCUUCAAAGGCAGAACAAAAGAAUAAGUUGAACUGAUUAUUCUUAUUAACUGGCAUCAGAUUCAAGGGCAUUUCCUGCAUGAUUUCUGUAUGCAGGUGUGUUUUGUAGGGCAGGGCAGUAAUGUACACAUAUUUAGAGAAUCAGAUGUAGAAAAUGGCCCAUGGCAUUCUUUGCUAUGUAAAGAACUAUACAGGUGGCAUCAGAGAUGCCAGAAACAAAGGGAGACGAUGACAAGCAUAUUUGACACAGCUGACUCUGGACAAUUUGCUACCUGAAGAGUAACCCUAAUGUCCCAUCUUCUCCUCUAAGGACAAUGUUCUGGAUGUCCUGCUGCAUUAUUCAGGUACCAAGUCCUUCCGUCCUAUAUCCUCCCUGCCUUCCCCACCAUGGCACUGUCUGAAGCAACGUGUUACUUGAUAGUAGUAAACUCAUCUAAAUAGUAGAGGCAGGCCUCACAUUUUAACAUUCCAAAGAGUUAUGGUGGCAUAUGUGAGAUUAUGCUGUCUUGUCUUCAAAACAUUUUCAAGUAGUUUAAGUUACAAGAGACAUCCAUGGGCAUCCAGCAAGAUUGGGCCAUGUCCAAAUCUGUGAUCCUCUUUGGAUCUGAAAGGCAGCAUAAAUAGAUUAUAACGUAACAUUAUACAGUAUUGAAUUAUAAUAUAGGAGGAAAGGCAUUAACCCUCUCUUCUUGGAAUUUCCCUGACACCAAACACUCCCACUUCUCCUUUUAGCCCUCUUAGGGAAUAUUUUGACAUAAUAUUUUUCCUCAUCAUGGUCUGGAUCUACUUUGUCUGAUUUUUUCCUUCUUUGCACAUGAUUAUUGCUACUCUGACAUAUAUUUUUCAUCAAAACUGGCAUGCCAAAAC